AACUUUGGAUCCAAACCUGAGUUCGUUGUGCAAUUAUAGUGCCACCGCGGCUCCAAAGUGCGAAUAAAACUAUUAUAAUUAUAAAUCGAAAGUUCCUGUCGGAUGUGGACUGCUGCUGGUCACUGGACCGUUCACCCUGAACAGUUGCCCGAUGCGUCGUAUCUUCACGUUAUUGCCACCAAGACUCAAAAGUAACCGUCGUACGCCCAAGAAGAAACUCUCCUGGACCACGAGAAUCUUUGCUGCCUGCAGCGCAUCCAGAGGAUGGACACCAAAUUUUGGAACGAUCCGCAUCUUCCGGGAACCAAAGUGGAACUUGAAAGCCGUGGUUGCUCCGGCCAGGUGAUACGGAAUGCCUCAAUGCCAACCAGCAGAAUUUCAACGACUACGACAGAUUUCUUCGAGUUCGAUCACAAGCGAGUAGCGAUGGUCCCGACUACCAAAACGACUGCAGCCGCCGCGAAUGAUACCGCGAAGGGUCCCACUAGGAAAGCAAAAUCCCAAUCAGAAGCGUGGGAUUAUGACAAAUGGAGCAUGUAUGCGUCGCAUGCCUCCGGGAAUGAGAGGUUUCCCAUGGGUCGUGGCCGCCGGAAUGGUCCACUUCCGCCAGCGCCUCUGCAUGCCUGUGUGACGGUGUGACCCCAAUGUGCAUGCGAGGUGGCCCGAUGAUGCCGCCUCCGCCUCAAAAUUGGCGGAGAUCCGCCAAUGGGUACGAUGUCGAUAAUGCCCCGUCCAAUGCCUCCGAUGCAGCACAUGAGGGCCCCGGAUGAAAUCGAUUGGACUCAUGAUACCUCUCCUUUGAUGCGGCGCAACUCGAACGGAAAGCUACAUCUGGGACGGAUGGCUAUGGGUCCCAAGGGAUUCCCUUCGACGAAUGGAAACGCAGGUAAAGGAAAGUACUAAAACCAAAAGCGCCCGCUAAGGGCUACUCGCAGGAGUCGUAGGUUUACAGAUUCUGUACCAUGUGUGUAUCUCAUUCGCUCUUAUUCAAACUAUAUUUUUAAUUCAAUGUCUGAAAGAUGCUUAACGUUAUUGAACUGCGAUACCAGAUGUAAAAAGUAUCGACAUAUUUUUUAAUACUUUUUAAAAUUAAAAUACUUCCCAGAUAAUUGGGAUUUUCUGGAAAUCUCUGGGGAUUUUCAGGAAUCAUUUGAAUAUAUUUCGUGAAGCUACUGAUUUCCAAAAAUGAUUGAACAUAUUUUCUAGACUCACAUAAAUGAUUGAGAUUAUUUUCUCAAAUUCGUAGAGUACAUCCCAGAUGACUGGGAAUUUCUGAGAAUCCUUACGGAUUUUCAGGAAUUAUUUAAAUAUUUUCCGGGAUGCUUUUGACUCACAUCAAUGAUUGAGAAUAUUUUCUUAAAUUCGUAGGAUACAUCCCAGAUGACUGGGAACUUCUGAGAAUCCUUAGGGAUUUUAAGAAAUUAAUUAAAUAUUUUCCGACAUGCUUUCGACUCACAUAAAUGAUAGAGAAUAUUUUCUUGAAUUCGUAGGAUACAUCCCGAAUGACUGGGAAUUUCUGAGAAUCCUUUGGG